AGGGCUCUAGCAUCCCCAAUCCCAUCGGUCAGCCUCAUCCAUCCGCAGGGCGCCGGCGGCGGGAGUCUUGCCGGCCACAUCGUCGCCGAUUUCACCGAUCCGAGCUCCGGCCUCUUAGCCAUGGAAUCUCCACGAACUCUGGAAGCCCUCACCAACGACCUCGUGGUGGAGAUAUUCCUCCGGAUCGGCUCCCCUGCCGACCUCGUUCGCGCCUCCGCCGCCUGCGUCGCCUUCUGCCGUCUCAUCGCCAACCCCUCCUUCUUGCGCCGGUACCGCUCCGUCCACCCGCCGCUACUUCUCGGCCUCCUCGACCCUUAUGGCGAUAUCGAACCCACCGAGACACCCCAUCCCUCCGCUGCUCUCGCUGGCGCCGUCGCUCGCGCCGCUGACCUCCGCUUCGGCGAGUAUUUUCCUAGCAGCAAGUUAUCCGGCUAUUGUGUCUCUGACGUCCGAGACGGUCAUGUCCUCCUCACCAUCACGCCCUACCUUGAGGACGACGAGGAUGAGAAGUUGGUGCCAGACCUCGCGGUGUGCGACCCCCUGGCCCGUGUAUGCCUGCGACUGCCCCCCAUACCAGACGACCUUCUCGCCUCCGUCCAGGUUCAGCAGCAAGAUCUCGUACAUUAUAGUUGCGAUACAUUCCUUGUCCCUUCAGGAGAUGAAGAAGAUGUCACUUCUUUUAGAGUGAUCGUCAUGAUGAGAUCUACACAGAUGCUAGUCGCUUUUAUCUUCUCUUCAACCACUGGUGAUUGGAGUGCUGGUUCACCUUUCAGCCUGGGUUCUCUGAGAAUACCAUACGACAACAUUCCGAGUUAUGCUUAUGGCUGCUUCUACUGGAAAGUCGAGUCUGAGAACAGGUUGCUCACGCUCAACAUGAGCAGUAUGGAGUUCUCAGUCGUUGACCUCCCACCUGGGCCCGAUAGGAGUUUCGUCAUCAUGGUGGAGGCAGGCGAAAGCAGGCUUGGGAUGUUUAGUCUAAUUAACCAUGGUACCACUCUCUGUUAUGCCAUUAGGCAAAUUGGGAGCGAGAAGUCCAAUCAGUUGGAGAUGGACAGUGUGAUCCCUUUACCUGAGGGUUAUAUUUACUUUCGCAUUCACGGUUCAUAUGAAGGACACAUUCUCAUAUUUGGAUACGCGUUUAGUGAAGACGCAUGCUUCGCACUUGAGAUCAAGACUAUGAAGAUUGAGAGAGUCUGUCGGAAGUGGCGUGGUUUCUGUCCUUAUUUUGUGUUCCUGCCAUCCAUGUCACAAAGGAGGAUAUAAUGUGGACUGAAUUCACAUCCAGGUUUGGGGCUUCUUCCAAUCCAUUCUGCUGGUGUGGAGUUGAGCUAGGUGAUGGCACAGGCCCUCAUGUAGAUGUAGCACAUCUGCAACACUGUCCCAUGUUAUCCUCCUAGUCUGUCGUAUUGUCUAGCUUACAUUAGUAGCUACUGAAACUUUAGUUAUAUCUAUAUUUUUAAGUUCUCCCGACUGUAAUUUAAGAUGUGACAAAGGCGUCUUUAGUGUAUCAAGAGCCAACUUUUAUAAGCCGGCUCUGUGUGCUGCGAAAUCACGUGUUUGCUAGUCU